GUAUUUUGUUGUUACUUGCUGUUAGUGUGUCACUGCUGUUUUAUAAUGUAUAAUUUUUACUUAGCUCAUGUGAAGUUUAUUUUAUAUAUGUAUAAUUUUUAAUCAACUAACGAUAAAAACACACUUAAUAUGAACGUAUAGAAGAUUUCGUUAUUUAAUUAUAUUGCAAAUUAAUAUAAGUAGUAAAAUUUUACGUUAUCAGUAUCAGUAUAACUAUAAGUUAACUUAUUAAUUAUAAGUGUAAAUAAUAGUUUUGUUCAGCCCAAGUUCAAAACAAAAGUAAACGGUGAAGUUAUCAUUAAUUUAAAAGAAAAAACUAUGGAAUCUGAUGAACAGUUACCACAUCUUGAAAUUGAAGAGGGAUUUGAUGAAAUAAGUUAUUUAAUGAGUCCUUUGAAUGACCUGGAAACCCCAUCUGUAGAGAUUUUUAAUGGAGACUUGCUGAGUUUGUGUGACCUCUAUGACCCUUCUUUGAAGGAGUUUGAGGAUGACAUACAACUGGACCAUGUAGGAGCAACAUCCGAGUCUCUGACAAGAGAGAUCUCUUUACAACAGAAUGAUCAACAAGUAACUCUUUCAUCUAUUAGCGAUCAGUCACUUGAUGUUAAUCUGUCAGAACUUUCUCCCCAGCCAGAAACAUCAUAUAGGAAUGUUCCUGUAGAGAUGACAACUUCUGUGAAUUUCAGUCCAAACAACCAAACUCAAAGUUUAAUUUCAGAUAUUAAAUCGUCAGUCGCUCUCAUAGACCAGACACCCACUUCAUUCCUAACUCAAGAGGUUAAUAGGGCUCGGAUAGGCACACCUUCAAUUCCCCAUGUUGUUGUACAACCAUUUUACCAGAAUAUUGCCACACCUCGGACUCUUCCGAAGCAGAAUUUAGGAACACAAAAUGUAACCAUUGAUGAUAUAGUGACUGCACUGAAAAUCCAACAGAAACAGCAACUUCUUCAACAACUUAGUCAGCUUCCAUCCCAGAAAGUUCAACAGUUGUUACUUCAGGCUCAACUUAUGAAAAAGGAAACUGAAGAAGGGCUCAUUACUUACACAACCACCCCAGUGGUUUGUGUCCCACCAUCUUUCACAACUGUUUCUAAUGUCAUGGACACAACUGCUUCACCAGUUCAGACAGUGGUCAGCACACAACCAGCAAGUGCAAUAUGGACAACUGGAAUCCCUGUUGUACUUGAUCCAGAUAAACUGCCAAUAAACAGAAUAACAACUUUGAAAACCGUGCCCGAGAAAGGAGAGAAACGUAGUGCUCAUAAUGUUAUAGAACGGAGGUACCGAAGUAGCAUUAAUGAUAGAAUCAUGGAAUUAAAAAAUAUAGUUGCCGGAGAAGAUGCAAAGCUCAACAAGUCUGCAGUUUUGAAGAAGACCAUUGAUUAUAUCAGAUUUCUUCAGAAUGCUAACAAGAAACUUAGACAGGAAAACAUGGCCUUGAAAAUGGUUUCCAAAGUGCAGAAAACUGAAGAACAUGGAGAUUUGAGUUCAGAACUUCUUAAAGCAGACGUAAACAUCGUUUCUGAGUUUUCUCCACCUCCAUCAGAAGAAUCCCGACGGUUACAUGAAGACAGUAGCUCUUCAGAGGCAUUCUCACCUCACCUUUAUUCUCCAGAUGGCUCUAAAUUUGAUUCUUUUCUGGGAUCUUCUAAAUCUGUAGAUCAAUCUGAUAACUUUAUUACCACAGGAAUGUUGGAUCAUUCUCGUAUGGCACUCUGUGUUUUUGUUUUGGCUAUUUUAUCAUUUAAUCCUUUCAGCCAUCUUCUGUCUAACAGAAAUGGCAUUACUGAUCCUGAAGCACUAUCAUCUCUGUGGACUGGCAGAACUAUUUUAUCUUCAUCCCCGGCUGAUGAUUACGAAGGAAAGUGGAGCAACUGGUUCUUUUCAUCGUUUACGGUCUGGAUUAUCAACUUCACUAUAAUACUGGGCCUAAUGAUCAAGCUAUUUAUUUAUGGGGAACCAUUAUUAAAGAUAAAAUCACCUCAUUCUAUGAUGUUUUGGAAGCAUAGAAAACAAGCAGAUUUUGACUUGGCAAAGGGAGACUAUUCCAGCGCUAACUCACAGUUACAACUAUGUCUCCGAGCCCUGGGUCGACCCCUACCGACGUGCACUUUGGUCCUGGUGACUAGCAUCACUUGGCAGAUUAUACGGCAGUUCUUGCACAGACUGUGGAUAGGUCAGCUCAUGAACAAGAAAGCAGGAGGGCUGAAAACUCUGCAAAAUGUACGUGAGGAAUGUUUUCAAAAUACGGCCCACGUUUACCAUCGUCUGAAUCAGUUACACUUGUUAGGUUAUAAUGGAGAGAGUCAUUUAGAAGGCAUCAACCUUGCAUUAUGUGCCGUCAACCUUGCCGAGAUGGCCGGAGAUUCUCUUUCUAGAGAAACACGUGCAGAUAUUCACAUUUCUGCUGCUCUUAGGAUAAAGGAAAGCUUUCCGUACUGUUUACAUUUUUUUACUAAAUAUUUUCUCAGUCUAGCCAAGGAAUUGUGUAACUCGGAAAAUCAAGUGUCAGUUUUCCAAUGGCUUUUUCUUCCCGAUGGAUACAGGUUUUUCGUAACCAACACUUGGUCUUAUAAAGAAGAUGACACAGUUUUCAGCUCCCUUGAAAAUAUUGGUGAUCCUCUAUCCUAUGUAUCUCGAAAGUUCAGAGAGAAUAUACUGGAGAAAGCUGUUAGGUCACUGUUUACUUCAUCGAGUUGUUUAUCUGUGCAUCGACAACAAAGGAAUCAGCCACUUGGAGCCACCACACACUAUUAUGUAGAGCAACUAAUGGAAGUAAGUCGAGUUGCAGGUCCACCUCGGUCAGUGGCCUUUGCAGUUGGGAGUAACCUACAUGUACACAGCAUAGAUCAUGUUAGCGAAUGGUGGGCAGCACUAGUUGGAGUAACUGUUCAUUGGAUUCAAGGAGAGGAUCAAAAGGCUGAAAAACUCUGCAAGAUCGUGGACUGCUUUCCUGUCAAGUUUUUGGGAAUUCAGAACCCUCUUCCCGAAGCAUUAUUUAAAGCUUAUAAUGCACAACGAGCCUAUCUGAACAAAUGGCCAAUUGAUGAUGUUUUGGAGCUGUGUACAGAAGCUGGAAUUUUGCUGGAAAACAGUUUCAGCUUUGCUUCCCAUCAUGUGCCAACACCUACUGAUCAGGAUUUCCAGCUUCUUGCAUGCGUCUGGCUGCUUAGUAUAAGGACAGCUUUGUGGGAAGAAAAUGCAAGCACAAAAGAAACUUAUUCUUCAAACACCAGGAAAACGUUCAGUUUUGUAAGUGGAUACCAGCAUGACCUAAGUUUGUUAAGGAAGUUGGCUCACCGUAUGUCCGAGGCCCAAGCAAAGCUGCCAUUGUACGAAGCUACUCUCCGAUUGAUUACGGAAGCAAACCCAACAAAAACUCGCCUGCUUUUGGACUGUAGUUUAAGGAAAAGAUCGGAUUCUUCGUCUUCUGCCAUUUACACCAAAGGAGCCGGACAGUUAGGACCCGGUGACAGGGAUCAUGCUUAUGCUCUCAUCCUGGCCUGCCGACACCUUCCACAACCCAUGCUGUCUUCCCCAGGAGCUCGUGAAAGCAUGCUUACAGACGCAGCACGCAUUUUGGAGAAAGUUGGCGAUAAAAGAAAACUGAAAGACUGCCAGGCCAUGAUGAUGACACUGGGAACUCUAGUUGGUGGAAUUCAGACUUGAGUUUAUUCCGAACGGACUCUUAUUUAACAUUUUAACGUGGACUUUUGUAUUUCAAUCUGUUACUUUAUUUAUGAUCGAUGAAGAUGCUUGGAAUAAAGGUUUCGAAUAUUUGUGGAUUCUGAGUAAAUUGAAAAA